GCGACGCCCGGUAGUUUGACUUGUUUUUCGGUUGGGCUCUCGGCGUCUGCGGCUCUGAGCGGCGUGGGAAAGGACAGCAUGAACUUUACCCCGAUGCAAUCCCCUGUCUGCAGAAAGCUGACGGCUCUCCCCAAGCAUGAAGCUGCCGGUGGCUUCAGUGGCCCCACCAGGUGGAAGGGGGUGUCUUUCUCCGAUUCCGUGCAGUCAACUCCCUUGCCUUCAGUGGAAGAUCGUCUGGCCGUCCUCUGCCAUUCUCAGGAGCUUCUAGAAUAUUACCAGAAGAUGAUGUCUGAGUGUGAGGCAGAAAACGAGGGCCUGUUGAAGAAGCUGGAGCUGUACAGAGAGGCCUGCGAAGGGCAGCAUAAACUUGAAUGGGAUUUGCAGCAGAGGGAGGACGAGAUUGCUGAGCUGCAGAAAGCUCUAAGCGACAUGCAGGUCUGCCUCUUCCAGGAGCGGGAGCAUGUCUUACGCCUCUACUCAGAAAACGACCGACUGAGAAUCAGGGAGCUAGAAGACAAGAAAAAGAUUCAGAAUCUCUUGGCUCUUGUGGGAACAGACACUGGAGAAGUGACCUAUUUUUAUAAGGAGCCUCCCAACAAAGUCAGCAUUCUCCAAAAGACUAUCCAAGCUGUAGAAGUAAGUGAACAGAAUGAAUCUUCAGCUUUCAGAGCAGAUUCUAAAGGCAGCAGGAGAAAACCAGCAGUGAGACAGAAGGAGGAGAGUGCCCAGCUGCACCAGAGGGACGUGCAGACCCUCAUCCUGCAGGUGGAAGCGCUGCAGGCCCAGCUGGAGGAGCGGAGCAGGCUCUCGCAGGAGCAGGUGGCAGGGCUCGUGGAGGAGCGGCGGAUCCACAUGGAGGAAGUGCAGGCUCACCAGCAGAGGGAUCGGGAGAGAGUCGCAGAGCUCACCAGAAAUCUCCAUCACACCAAGGAACUGCUCUAUGAGAGCACCAAAGACUUUUUGCAACUCAAAUUUGAAAACCAAAAUAAGGAGAAGUCCUGGAUGCUUGAAAAGGAUCAUUUGAUGUCAAAGAUUAAGCAAUACAGGGUGCAGUGUAAGAAGAAAGAAGAUAAAGUUGGAAAAGUUUGGCCAGUUCAUGAGAGUCAUUACAACCAAAAUGAAUACAUUAAGUCCCUGAAGGAAAAGAUAGUACAAGAGAAAAAGCUGUCCAGCAUGUACCAAGAGCAGUGCAUUUCCCUAGAAGAACAACUUGCCCAAAUUCGUGAGGAGGAGGGAGUGAGGAGAGAGAUCUUUAAGGAUCGCACCAACAAGAUGGGGAGGCGUCUACAGGUCAUGACGAAACGCUACGAGGCCUUGGAGAACCGACGUGUCUUGGAAGUAGAAGGCUUUAAGACGGAUAUUAAGGCUCUCAAGCAAAAACUGAAGGACUUGGAGCAGAUGCUCUAUAAGGCAACACUUAACACCCGGGCAAACCAGGACCUUGCCAUCUUGUAUGAGGUUCGUGACAGCAACAGACGAGCACAUAAGAUACAAGGAGAACUGAGGAACCUCAAGUCCAAAGUAUUCAGCCUGGAGAACGAACUUAGACUCUGCUGAUGUUUACUUUUUAGGACUGGCACAUAUCUGGAGUAGGUCUUCUUCCUGAAAUGUGAGGAGAAGGUCACCCUCUCCCAGAAACUGUAGGCACAGAGUUGUCUAGAGUAGUGGUAUCCAUUGUUACAAAGGUAAGGUGAAGAUCAGCUUUUUUUGCAUCCUAAGCUUUAUGAUUUUUGCUGUCCUGUUAACCUUUUCUGUGUGUGUGGUUUGUUUUUUGCGGGGGUGGGGCUGGGGGUGUGAUUUGAUCUGGAUUAUACUCUGAAUUACUUACAGACUUUCCCACAUUAUUUCUCCCAUUUAUAAUGACAGGGUUUUGGGGUUUUUGUUUUUGUUUUUUUUUAAGAAGGCAAUGACAAAAAAGAGCAUUUUUGCCGUGAGCUUGGCUGAGUGUUCGUGGGAGGAACGCCUACCCCAGGAGAUAAAGGCGCCGGUCUCAGUUUGACUUUCUCCCGGGCAGAGGGCAAAGGCUGCAGAUCACAGCCUGUCACAGGCCGCAGUUCUGUCGUCCCUGAGCUGUAGAGCCCGAGUUCCUUUCUGGACACCCAAUCUCAGGAAGUUCCACCAGAGGGCACCAGAGGCCCUACUCUUAAGCAAAAUGUUUGUCUAGGAAAGGAAAGGUGCCACUUCGGUAAGCAUGAGCGAAACUUCAAUGAGCCUUGUAUGAAAUUUUCAGUAUUUUACCAGUACUGUGGUUUUUUAAAAAUAAUGUAUAUAUUUUAAUUUAACCAUUUUUCAAUAAAAUAUAUAACUGAA